AUGUCUGGAUCCUGCCCCCACCUCCCGCCCCACUCUCAGAGCUUCAGCACCAGUUGUUAGCCAAAAAUAAACACCAUUCCUCAACCAUAUAUGUCCACCAGCCCGGAGCCCGGGAGGAGGAGGAGGUAGGUAGGUCAGGUCCCCGGGCUCCCGCCACACUCAGCGUGUCCCCUGCCCACCAUGCACAUCACCCAGCUCAACCGGGAGUGCCUGCUGCACCUCUUCUCCUUCCUGGACAAGGACAGCAGGAAGAGCCUGGCCAGGACCUGCCCCCAGCUCCAGGACGUGUUUGAGGACCCUGCACUCUGGCCUCUGCUGCACUUUCGUUCCCUCAUGGAACUCAAGAAGGACAACUUCCUCCUGAGCCCAGCCCUCAGGAGCCUGUCCAUCUGCUGGUACUCGAGCCGCGUGCAAGUGUGCAGCAUUGAGGAUUGGCUCAAGAGCGCCUUCCAGAGGAGCAUCUGCAGCCGCCACGAGAGCCUGGUCAAUGAUUUCCUCUUCCAGGUGUGCGACAGGUGCCCCAACCUGGCGUCCGUCACGCUUUCAGGCUGCGGCCACGUCACCGACGACUGCCUGGCGCGCCUCCUGCGCUGCUGCCCGCGCCUGCGCGCGCUGCGCCUGGAGAACUGCGCGCGCGUCACCAACCUAACGCUGGCGGCCGUGGCGACGCACGGGCGCGCGCUGCAAACGCUGCACGUGGACUUCUGCCGCAACGUGAGCGCGGCCGGCCUGCACCGCUUGCGCGCCGCGUGCCCGCGCCUGGCGCUGCGUGCCGAACACAGCGCAGCCAUGAUCCCCGACCAGCGCCCCAGCGCGUCGGGCAUGGCUCUUCGCAAGCUGCUGCCGCGCUAGGCUGACCAUGUCGGGACAGGACACCUGGGCAAGGGCCCCGAGCAGAAAGAGCGACCUGGUUUCCAACCCCUAGCCCCAGCACUUCUCAGACUGUCGCCACAUCGCUGAACCUCAGUUUCCCUGUCUGCAAAAUGGGGACGUUGAUGCCUACCUCACAUUACGGUUUUACGCACAGGAGUGCGAGAUUAACCGGAUGCUGGGAAAACACUCGGGUAGCCCUCACUAAACACCAGCAUCUGUCCCGACGCCCUUCCGCCCCGGGCCUCUCGCCACUCGAAGUCCACAGCAGGCGAGGGGCUCACAGCGUCCCCCGCGACUGUGACCGCUGUCUGUGGCCGAACUAACCGCCAUGCGUAGGCGUGGCCACCCGGUAGGGCGCGGGCGCAGGCGCCGUGGGGGCAGAAGGGGGGCGGAGGAGGCGACUCCGGCUGCCGGUCGCGUGCCGCACGCUCAGCCUGCGGCUGCCGGUGUUCCCCCGCUGUACCGGUGGGCGGGAGGAGGGGGAAAGCCGGGGUUCACGGCCGGAGAGCCGCCGAGCCCGCCACCGCAGCCUUGCCAUCCGCGCCUUGGCUUGGCGCCCGAGCCAGCCCGUACACGAUUCUAGGAAAUUCAAUGUUGGAUGUGAUUCUUAACAUAAACCACAUAGUUCUAAUUUUCUACCGUUCUCGUAUCACAAAGGCAGAAGAAAUCAAUUGAAAAACCCGAAGUAAAGAUUAGAAAACAAAAGCAGCAGCCUGGUU